GCGAGUGAAUCGAUUUCCCAAGGUUACUCACUAUGCUUAGUUUCGAGGAUGUGCGCGUGUUUACAGCAACUCAGUCUCUAGGAUCCAAACGACUAACCUUCGGUCCACAUCACCUCACAUUUCAGUUGCGCGAUUCCGACGUUAUGAUUAUGUACAGAGCAAUUGACGGGUUUCGCUUGUGCGAAUCACCUACUGAACGUCGAUUCACACCAUCCGUACUAACUGGAUAUACGAUUGUUUUGUAUACAAAAGAUUUUCAUAUUUAUGAAUUAACUGUUAACAGUCUUUCUGUUGCUCGUUCUCUUGAACAGUCAUUAGAGCGAGUAUCCUCAAUUGAUGACGUAACAUUGCUUUACCCAUUCUCUUAUAAAUCCAACCAAUUAUCACUUUUACCCGCAAUAAAAACCACUGAUUGGCCUAAUAAUAUCAACGAGAUCUUGUCUGGUGGGAGUUGGCGUAGAAGCCAAUUAAAUGAGAAUUAUUUAUUGUGCAAUUCUUAUCCGAAAACAUUUGUUGUACCUGUUAAAUGUGAUGAUCAAAUGAUUAAAGAAAGUAGCCGAUUUCGUCAUGGUGGUCGUUUUCCUCUACUGUUAUACUAUCAUAAACCAAGACAAACUACUUUAUUAAUAACUGCUGAACCAUUAAUUAAUCAAUCCACAAUUACCAACAAUCAAAAUACUUCAAAUUUAUUAUCAUCGUCUAAUUCUAGUUUAACUUCAUCAACAAAAUCGAAUAAUUUAAUGAUUAAUUCAUCUUCAAAAAAUUCCAUAUCACCAUUUAGUUCAACAUUCAAUACUGGUCGAUGUCGUUCAGAUGAACAAUUACUUACUUGUAUAUUACCAGAUAAAUGUAGAGGUGUUAUAUUGGAUUUAAGAACACAGAAUGAAACAAAAAAACCCCAAGCAACAAGUGGUGUUGUUGAAUUUGAACAAUAUUAUCCACAAUGGAGACGAGUUUGUAGACCGUUAGAAUCUACGGGUAACUUGAUUGUCACUUUCAGGAAAUUCAUUUAUGCUUGUACAUCAUAUGGUCGUGUAACUCGAUCUUCAAGCAACACAACAUUUGGUGCACUUCAAUCCGGAAUUAGUGAUUCUAUUGGAAUGUUGUCCAGUGCUGCAUUGAAUCCAAUAGGAAGUUUUGGAUCACGUAACUCCACGGCUGCAUCGAUCCCAUGUGACAAUUCAGUCAAUUCAUUUAAUGAUAUCACUGUUCAUGAACAAAUAAAUACAUCGAGUAAAAAUGAAUUGAUCUCGAAUUUCGCUCAACUAGAUAUUCAGUCUACUAAUUCAACUACUGAAUCUGAUUUAAGUAGUAAUAAUAAUAUAAAGAAAUCAAAAAAACUUUCAGCUUGGUUAUCAUUAGUUCGUGAAGCGUUAGCAGCUGCUGUUGCUGGAGCAACAGCUUUGGACGCUUUGGAUGCAUUCGCUCAACAACAACUUCAACAAGAACAAUGUUUGUUAGCUGAAAAACAGAGAAGAGCAUCAAAGGAGCAAAGUUUCGAAGAGGCAAAAUUACGUGGAUCAUGUGUAUUAGUGCAAAGCCGAAAAGGAACUGAUCGAGCUAUUCUCGUGGCUAGUUUGAUUCAAAUCAUAUUAAAUCCUGAGUCUAGAACUAUACAGGGAUUUCAAGAACUUAUCGACCAUACAUGGUUAAACGCCGGACAUCCAUUUGCAGAUCGUUGUCAAAAUUCCGCUUUCUCUCUUAAACCACCAAAAGAUGAGAGUCCAGUGUUUAUUCUAUUUUUGGAUUGUGUUUGGCAAUUACUUCGUCAAUAUCCGAAUUCAUUUGAAUUCACUGAUGAACUGCUUUGUAUUAUUGCAAAACAUGCUUAUUUCUCUGAAUACGGUACAUUUUUGGGCAAUUCUUCACAAGAAAGAGAACAAUUGGAUAUUUCAUCUAGAACAUUUUCUUUAUGGUCAUACAUCAAUCAACCAUUUGUGACUAGUCGUUUACAGAAUCCAUUUUAUUCUGGUGAAAAAAAUGAUGAUAAUUCUCAAUCAACAACCAUAAUUGAUGGGAGUUAUGCAUGUUGGCCUUGUUUAUCUGCACAAGCAUUAGAUAUCUGGGAAGAACUAUAUCAGCAUCAAUUAGUAGGUAUUAAUCCUAGUCUAUGGAAUUUGCCUCGGGUUAUGGCACGUGUAAUUAAGGACAAAUUUGAAGCGGAACGGAAUAGAACUAUUCAAUUACGCAAAACACUUGACCAACUUAUGAAUGAAGCUAUCAAUGCAGGAAAGGAGAAAACACAAUGAAUGAAAAGAUGAAUUUUUCAAGGAUUAUUUUCAAUUAUUUCAGGAAAAUACUAACUAAAACUACCUAUACUACAAAUGGAUUUAUUUGAAGGACGAUGGGCUUAUGAUCAAAAGAACUGAGAUUUCAUUCAGUUGAUAGUGUUGGCAUUGAUGAUAUUGUGCAUGUGGUUAUUUUUUAUUGCCUGAGUUUGGUGUAGGAUGUUAGUUAGUGAUGUGUAGUAUAUGGUUAUGCGGAGUCCCGGCCGACUUCGUGGUGGUGCCGUGGUUAGUCUGUUCGUCCGCCAGAUGUGUGAUUGUCGAUAGCUGUCUGGUGGACUAGGCCUGCCUACGUCCACUGGAUGGAGAGUGUCUGUUAAACUUAUCCAGACGACUACGACGACAAUGGCUUAGCAUAAACUGGGUAGAUAGUGGUUUCCUCCUCAUUGCUCUCUCACGUGCAAGCACAACACACUCUCAUUGACUUCAACCUUAUUACACUCAUUCCAAUCAUUAUCCCAAUACAAUGCUUACAACUGAAUUAUUUCCACCUUCGUUCACCCAGUCAGUAAGUUAAUCAGUCCACGCCAUUUCCACUUCAACUAUACACCCUACCCCACAGUAUCAAACACUCGCUCGUUCGUUUAACAUACUCAUCACAUCAUGCUUAUCUAUUCACCCUAUGAUGACUACCUUCUCACACAUAACAUACAGAAGGUAAUGAAUUGGUCGGUCUGCUGGAAGCUGUGCUAUACCUGUUUUAUUAUGUCCAACAAGUCUAUGAUUCAUACUGCAGAUCGUUAUCACCAGUGAUAUGCUGAUUUUGCAUGAAUAUUUUAGAAAAGGAAUGAAUAGCCCAUGGAAAUGGUUUAGAUUGGAACUGAAAUACCGAUAGUUGUAUUCACUUGUCUACUAAAAUCUGGAACAUGCAACUUGCUUGCUGAGUGAAUGCUAACCUUAGUGCUGAAUGGUGGGAAAUUAGUGAAAAUUUAGCUAAUUAAGAUGUGCUACUUAUUAUUUUAGUAUGUAGCACGAACUGUUUAGUCAAAUCACUUAUCCAUAGGUAUAAUUUAUUGAUUUUGUGUUUAGACUUUGGAUUUCAUGAGUUGGUAUUUCUGAAAUGCUCAGCGUCACCAUAUCACAAUAUAAGUGCUUAUAAAUAUAUUGAUCAGAUGUAUUUAUCCUUCAAUGAUUACAUCUGAAUGUAGUAUUCCAUUCAUAGAUCCAUUCUUCCACAUUACAUACAAGAUGUUUUACAGUAAUGUGUAACGUUUCUCGAUAACUCUACUUAGUUAGUUUGUUUUAUAUGUCGAUAGAUCACUUGUGAGAUGUUGUACAAUCAAAUGUCUGUACGUCUCGAUCAACGUUUAAAAAUACACUUUACCAUAUAAACAAUCUGAAAACAAACUAUCAAUCAUCUGUUUCAAAUUAUCUAGUGGUAGAAUACCACUCUUAACAAUGCGCAAUCAUCAAUUCAGACUACAAUUGAUCAGUCUCUUGUUGGUAUAUGUGCAUCCUGUGUGAACUGAUUCGAUAUUGCUUUAAGUCACAAGCUUUAUAUGCAAAGAUGGAAAAUGGCUGACAAUGGAAUCCAGGAGGCACGUUUCACCCUAUUCGGCACUCGUCAGAUGGAUGUACCUGCGUCUCAGAAUUAAUGUUCACCGUGAGACUCGACCUCAGUACCGUCCGCUUCAAACGCCAUUGUGUUAUCCACUUAUGCAAUAGGAUGAAAUUAUAUCCACUUGUUGUUGUUUACUUGUAUCUUUCCAUUGUUAUCUAGAACUACGAUUGAUCAGUAUUUUGUUGGCAUAUGUGAAUCAUGACGAAUGUUUUUUCUAGGGAAAACACUGAACUUUUGUGAUCUUAAUCGGUUUAAUUUACUUUUGAUAUCAAUCAAUUAACUGUACAAUAAUGAUGUACCAUUUGACGAGACCGAUUAUCAUUUGAUUU